CCGGGAAAUGCUUGGGUGUGCGGGGAAACGGAGGGGUCCAAAUUGAAAGUGAAACGGCUCAUAUCCCAGAACUAAUCCCUCUGUCUAGGGCUCGUAGCCGAUCAGGCCACGCUGCUGGCAGAGAAAACGGGCUGGGCAGGAGAGCAGUGUGGGUGAGGGGGCGCCAGCGGUAGGCAGGCGGGGCUGUGCUGGAGGCCUGGCUGCAAGGCCGGAGUGGAGGACACGGCCAGGCCUAACAGAAAGAUGCCCGGGAGGAACACCCUCUGAGACCCACAACUGGAAACUAAAUCUUAAAAGUGCUGAAUGCACGGGCCUGUGGAGAUCCAGUCACAGCCUCCGGGGCCCGGGCCCCUCCUCCACGCGCCUCACCCGCCGCCUGAGACACGGGUGUGAGGAGCCUGCCUGGCUGGGCUAACACUGCUCUCCCCCGCGGCCUGAAACAUGGCCUCUGGGCAAGGACCGGGCCCGCCCCCGCAGGGCUGCGAAGAGGCUGCCCCGGCCGCCGCUUCCGAGGAGCAGGUGGCCCGGGACGCGGAGGAGGUUUUCCGCAGCUACGUGUUUUACCGCCAUCAGCAGGAGCAGGAAGCCGAGGCGGCGGCCCCCGCCGACCCAGAGAUGGUCACCCUGUCCCCGGAGCCUGACAGCACCUUGGGGCAGGUGGGUCGGCAGCUCGCCAUCAUCGGGGACGACAUCAACCAGCGCUACGACUCCGAGUUCCACACCAUGCUGCAGCACCUGCAGCCGACCCCGGAGAACGCCUACCAGUACUUCACCAAGAUCGCCUCCAGCCUGUUUGAGAGCGGCAUCAACUGGGGCCGGGUGGUGGCUCUCCUGGGCUUCGGCUACCGCCUGGCCCUCCACGUCUACCAGCGAGGCCUGACCGGCUUCCUGGGCCAGGUGACCCGCUUCGUGGCCGACUUCAUCCUGCACCACUGCAUCGCCCGCUGGAUCGCGCAGCGGGGUGGCUGGGUGGCAGCCCUGGACCUGGGCAACGGCCCCAUCCGGAACGUGCUGAUAGUUCUAGCUCUGGUUCUGUUUGGCCAGUUUGUGGUACGAAGAUUCUUCCAGUCAUGACCCGGGAGGGUCCUUUGGGGUCCCAGCUGAGACCCCGCCUGGACUUCGGCCAAGCCUUCUUCCCUCCCCUGUGCCCGGCAGGGGUCCCCGUCACGGGUACAGAAGCUUUAGAAGUGGCACCCCAACUUUGAAGGGCCCCUGCCCGGGGUCGGUCAGGCUGCAGGGGCACCCCAACAUUGCAUGGUGCUAAUGGACCCCCUCUCUGCCGGGCUUUGGGGAGGUUGAUAACUUGGGGAAGCAAGAAGCUUUUCCCAAGAAGUUUUGAAUGGUUUUAGCUUUUUAUAAUGCCCUUAGGACACCCCCACCCUCGUCCCCACCACUCUGCAGCAGCCAGGACCUGGGAUGGGGUUAGCAGGCCUCUCCUAUGUCCCAGUUCAGCUGUUAAGGAAGGUCAGAGCUGGCCUGGAGCCCAGUCCUGGCCCUUCCAAAGCACCCUGCCCCCAACAGGCUGUCCGGGGUUGGGGGACAAGGACCGGCUGAACUUCCCUGCCCCACCUGUACUGCCUCGGCCAGCGGACUCUCAGGGAUCAGGGCCCGGGGUGUGGGUGAGGACGCAGACCGCUGUCUGACGUUAUCCUCAGGUCCCGCCCACCCGCCUCCCAAGGUCCUCCGUCCGCUCCCUUCCCCUCGCCACCUGCCUGAGGCGUCACUGCUCGUGAGACUGCCUGCCCCGUCACUCCACACCCGGGGUCAGAGGCCUCCUCGGGGCCGUAGGGUUGAGGACUGUGGUUUGUGAUGGUCAGGGAAGGGGCAGGAGGUCGCCUUGACGUUUCUGGGAAGCCCCGAGGCUGGAUACGCUCCUGUGUCCGGGCGCAGUGUAGUCUGGGAGGGAGAACUGAAUACUUGAACUUGACCCCAAGCCCACCACCUGCCUGAGCCCCUGGGGGGGGGGGGGGGGAGGACCUUGUCUGCCUUACACAGCCUGGGGGUUUGGGAAGAGAAGUGGUUGACUCAGCCAAACGCUGGGAGGAGAUGCUGAUGGAGCCCCCUGGCUGCCCCCCUCUGAGUGUCAACAAUAAACUGCCUCCCCUCCCA